UUGCUCACCUUGUUGCAUAACGUCAAACAAUAUGCGAGUCGCCCUGGUUGCGUUACUGUGGGUCACGUGGGGUGGCGGUUAGUCAUUUAACACAGUUUCCAGUUUAUUUGAUUAACAACCCACUUAAAACUAAUCGUGCUUUUAUGAAGGCUACACUGUUAUACGUGUGAGUUGUUUUUGUAUAUAAAAACCACACUUCAUCCUGUUUUUGUAUCAAAAAACACACUUCCGGAGUUUCUCAGCUGAUCCUGACUCCAAAAGGCUGAGAAUGAAGAUCGCUGUGCUGGGAGCCACUGGGCAGACUGGACAGUAUCUGGUCAACCAGGCGCUGCAGCAGAGCCACACUGUCACCGCCAUCGUCAGGAACCCGGGAAAACUUGCAGUGCACCAUGAGAAUCUCAAGGUGGUGGAAGCUGAUAUUUUCUCUGCAGACAGUCUGAAGGUUCACUUCAAAGGACAGGACGUGAUCCUGUCCUGCCUCGGCUUCCCGAUCUCCUUCUUCUCGGCGGUGACGGGCUACAGCCUGUCCAUGAGCAGCGUGGUCGCCGCUAUGCGAGAGGCCCGGGUCAACAGGAUCAUCAUCAUGACCUCCUGGUUCACCGAGCCCGAAUCCGGAGUGAAUUCGCCUUAUCUCAUCCGCUUCCUCAUGCUGCCGAUGAUCCGGACCCUUCUUACCAACAUGUACGAGAUGGAGCAGUUUCUGCAAAAAACUGAGGACAUUACCUGGACCGUGGUUCGUCCAGCUGGUCUCAAGAACCUGCCGGCCUCAGCUCAAGAGUUUCUGACCCAGGAGGGAUACUUUGUGCCCAACGGCAAGGAUUACACUGUAAGCCACUCAGUGGGAAGAGGAGACGUGGCCCGCUUCAUGCUCUCUCUACUCAACAGCAACGCCUGGGUCAAGAAGGGAGUCGCCAUCGCUACCAAAUGAGGAAGAAGAAGAAGAAGAAGAUGCUGGCAUUAAUCGACAGUCAGUUCACCCACAUUACAAACAAAUCUGUAUUUACUGACACAUAUCUGGUGGUAUUUAGCCUGUGAGAUGUCUGAUGCAACAGAGGUAAUGGGAAGUUUUUGUUUUGAAUUUACAGUCCACAAUUUGACUGUUUUUAUUCACCUCUCGUGACUCUUGUUUGACUUGUUCAGGUUUUUUUUAAGGGACAUAGCUCUGAUAAAGCCACUGUACACUACAUGACCAAAAAGCAGACAGACAGAGUUGGUUAAAAGGAGAACACAUAUUGGACUUCGUCAUUUAACUAGAAAUACAACUCCCAAAUAAAUGCCAAUGUUGCUCUGUAUCCUCUCGAUGUGUAAAUAAGGAGCUGUUGUUCUCCAAAACAACUUCAUAAGGUGAUGAAAUGUCAUUGGUGUGCAUGAAUUAUUAACAAAUAAAUGAUUACUCAAUAUACAUUAUGUUUUAACACUAUCAAGCUAUCUUCAUGGUUAGAUUCCACCCUUGGGUUGAACUGGCCCUUUAACAUUUAAAUGUUCACUUUCUGCCUUUGUCGUCUACUACUGGAUAUAUCUGUCUGAAUCAUUUUUAUUUACUCUCGUUCAACAUAUUCUUGCUUUAUAUGUUUGCAAAAACCUCAAGUGUACCAUUGAAUUGUCAUCACUGAUAACCCAUCAUUUACUCAGGGCACUUACACACGUGGAAGUACAUGCUUUCCUCCACACGGUGGCAGUGUUACACCAACAGCACGUCCACCUUGUGGUCUUUAAUUACAGCUACUGUUGCGACAUGUAUUCACAUAUGUACCGCGUCAGCUCUGUUAAAUAAAUUAACAAAAAUGUAACUAAUAAAAGAUCAUUUGUGCUGCAAGUUCGACAUGAGUUUUUUUUAAUUAAAAACUUUUAAUAGUGUUUAUUCCUUACUCUUAAUGUGCUAUACUGCAGCUUCGCAUUGUGUGUAUUUUGUGUUCUUACCACAUAUACUAUUGUCGUGUGUGUCUUAUCCUGUACUGUUUGUUGUUUUAUGUUUGUUACAUAAAAAUAUAAAUCUAAUUGCCA